GUUCCAUUCCGACGAUGACGUACUAUCGCACAUGACACCGGAAGCACUGGAGAUUUAGCCGGAAACUUUAAGUGACAGGAGCUCAAUGUGACAUUUCGGAGCCGUUAUUUAUUAACUGUUAUAGAAGAAUAAGAAUGUUUCUCACUACUGUGAACCUUGCCAAGAGCAAAUCUAAGACAUUGCUGGUUCAGAUGGUGAGUGCGGCUGGCACGGGUUAUUGUUUUAACACAAAGAGGGGCCGACUGAGGGACAAGUUGGUUUUGCGAAAGCAUGACCCAAUAGUAAACAAACAUGUUCUGUUCUUUGAGAAGAGGAAGAUACGCUCUCUUUAAAAAUGGGAGAGACGUUUGAUACAGACACUGAGUAAAAGGACUUUUAAAGUGUGAUUGGCCACAGUGUGGUGAUCAACAUCCAACAUAUGAAAGUGUCACUAAACAACUAUGGAGGAAGAUUUACAUCAAAUUAAAGACCCGGCAUCACUGCAGCGUUGGAUAGCUGGUGUAAUGAGACCAGAAAGGAGUUGUACAUCCUGUCAGGAUAAUGUGUUGUUAAGACCAUUACAAUAAGUGUAUUAUGUUGGAUUUGUUCAGUUCCUUUGUUCCUUUUUUCUACCAAGGCAAAAUUUUGACCUACUGCAAACAAUGAACCACCUACUCAAUGACAGAUUGCUUUAGGCUGAAGUGGAUUUGUUGGGAUAAUUAGCCAGCAAAAUUUAUUUUGUAGAAAAAAAUGAGAUCUGUGUACAUAAUUGUUACCACAAAAAUAACAGCAAUUCAAAUAUACAAAAACCAGCUGUGCUGUUUGUACUUUAUGUAUAUUGACAUGGUUUGUCGUUUUCAACCAAAAUCUUUAUCAUGAAACUUUCAACCACAGUAAGGAACACCAUCACAUUAUAGUAAUUCUGAAUUUACUCAUAAAUACAACAUUAUUUAAAUUCCUUAACUUUCUCCCAGUAUAUGCCUGAGUAUUUUUACUACUGCCCUUUGAGAAUUGCUUACUCUUGCUUUGAACAAAACUGACCAGUAUGUAAAUCUCUUAACAGUGAAUUGUGGAAAGUGCUCUACAAAUAAAUGUGACUUUAAUUUUCA